AUGGACACGGAGAUGGGCGAGGCGGGCAAGGUCGAGCACACACUGGGCGCCUCCACCGACCCACCAUCAAUACCCGACCUGGACGGCUGGAUCGAGAACUUGAUGGCGUGCAAACAGCUCUCGGAAGAGGACGUGCGGCGACUGUGCGAAAAGGCGCGCGAGGUCCUCCAAGACGAGAGUAACGUGCAGCCCGUCAAGUGUCCUGUGACCGUGUGUGGAGACAUCCACGGGCAGUUUCACGACCUGAUGGAGCUGUUCAAGAUCGGCGGGCCGAACCCGGACACGAACUACCUCUUCAUGGGCGACUACGUCGACCGCGGCUACUUCUCCGUCGAGACGGUGACUCUGCUUGUCGCGCUCAAAAUCCGCUACCCGCAGCGCAUCACCAUCCUUCGCGGCAACCACGAGUCGCGCCAGAUCACGCAAGUCUACGGCUUCUACGACGAAUGUCUGCGCAAAUACGGCAACGCGAAUGUGUGGAAGUUCUUCACCGAUCUGUUCGACUACCUGCCCUUGACCGCGUUGAUCGACAACCAGAUCUUCUGCCUGCACGGCGGUCUGUCCCCCAGCAUAGAUACACUGGAUAACAUCCGGGCGUUGGAUCGGAUCCAGGAGGUGCCGCAUGAAGGGCCAAUGUGCGAUUUGCUGUGGUCCGACCCGGACGAUCGGUGUGGCUGGGGUAUCUCCCCACGAGGAGCUGGGUAUACGUUCGGUCAGGAUAUCAGUGAGGCGUUUAAUCAUAACAAUGGUUUGACGCUUGUCGCGCGGGCGCAUCAACUGGUGAUGGAGGGGUAUAAUUGGAGUCAGGAUCGGAAUGUGGUCACCAUCUUUUCCGCACCGAAUUACUGCUACCGCUGCGGCAAUCAAGCGGCGAUUAUGGAGAUUGACGAGCAUCUCAAAUACACCUUCCUUCAAUUCGACCCGUGUCCGCGCGCCGGCGAGCCUAUGGUGUCGCGACGGACGCCGGACUACUUUUUGUAA